AUGGACCCUUUGAGUGGACUCAUGGUGGUAUGCACCGAUGGAUGCGACCAGAGCAAGUUCAUGAUGCCCCGUGACCCAGAGUUUCGCAUCUCUGCAGAUAACACCGUCCGGGAGGCCAAGAACCAGUAUGUGUUACUGUACUUGGCCGCUCUCGUGGCCCAGUAUCGGAUGCGCUUCUCCUGUUUGGCAAACUUUCGCAAGAGUCACACCCAUUGCCGUAUAGAUCAACUCUGGGGAUGUCUAGCCAGACGAAUCGCCAACGAGAGCAAGUUGCUGAAUCCAGAUGACGUGUGCCACGUCUUGCUGUCAGAGCUACAGAAGGCAAGCAUGCGUGCUUGGCUCGGGCCCAACACAGAAGUGCUCGUCGAGCGACUUGUGUGUGUGAAAGAUUGGAGGAAUCACCUCCCCACCAUCGGUGUAGGCCUUGAAGGUGGGCUCUUGAAGGACUCCUCUUCCAACCACAUGUUUUUCUUCAUGCUGCGUCGAGGCUUGGAUGCAGCACUUUCAAUUAGCACUUUACAUGUUCCUGCAGACUGCUCUUGCUGCUUGGAGUCGUCUCUGUGUGUUUGUGCUUGGACAGAUCUUCCUUCUGCUCUGAUGACCUCUGUGACAGAGGGGUCUUUUCGUGGCCCUCGUGAUCCUUUGGAUGUCGUUGUCCUCUUGAAGAAGCACAUCUGCGAUCCCAUGCUUUCGCAGUCACCUCUGCUGGUUUUACCUCGGACAAAGGCCGACGGAUGGGAAAUUCUUCCUUCGACUAAGCGGGUGAACAAUCACUCAGCGAAGAAUCAGAAAGAGUGGCAAGAGCUGGCCCAGAAAGUCCUGAGCCAUUACAAUGAGCCUUAUCGCAGAGCUGUUGAUUACUUGGAGAAGCUGGCCAGAAACCAGUUCUGGCAUGAAGCCGUUCUUCGCGACAUGCCGUGGCACAUUCGGCCCCCGGCACCUCCGGUUCGUGCACAAGCAGGAAGGUUCCUGCACGAAGCUGUCGAAGCAGCUUUGGCCCCGGCACUUCCGCUGAAGGCCAUUUUCAGCAGACGAUGA